CCGGAUGUGGCUGCUGCGACCCCUCCUCCCCCGCGUUACCCUCACAGCCCCCCGGCCGCGCGCCGUUGCUCGCUCUCUGGUCCCCGCGCAGGCCCUCGGGCGGCGGUGAGGCGGCGCAGAGGCGGAGGAGCGGGCGGCGAGGCGACCGCGCGGAGGCGAGCGGGCCAGGCCCGGCCGGGCGGCCGCCGCCAUGAGCGGCUCCUCGGGCACCCCGUACUUGGGCAGCAAGAUCAGCCUCAUCUCCAAGGCGCAGAUCCGCUACGAGGGCAUUCUCUACACCAUCGACACGGACAACUCCACGGUGGCGCUCGCCAAAGUGAGGUCCUUCGGUACUGAAGACCGUCCCACAGAUAGGCCUGCCCCCCCUAGAGAGGAAGUUUAUGAGUACAUCAUCUUCCGGGGGAGUGACAUCAAAGACAUCACCGUGUGCGAACCUCCGAAAGCCCAGCACGCGCUCCCUCAGGACCCCGCUAUUGUUCAAUCUUCCCUGGGCUCGGGCUCGGCCUCCUCCUUCCAGCCACACGUGCCUUACAGCCCCUUCCGAGGGAUGCCGCCCUACAACCAGCUGGCCGCCAGCUCCCUGCUCAGCCAGCAGUAUGCCGCUUCCUUGGGUUUAGAAAAGUUGGUAAGCCCUCCAGCCUCAGCCGCGGCUUCCAGCCCUAGUUCUUCUCCAUCUCCACAGCCCGUUUCAGAGCUUGACAUGUCCUCAGAGUCACAUCAGCUCACUUCCAAGGGAGCUGGCUUUCCGGCUGUCUCAGUCAGCAAGAGCCCCAUGGUGGAGCAGGCUGUCCAGACUGGUUCUCUUGAUAACCUGAACACCAAAAAGCUGUUACCUGGCAAGGGCACCGCGGGGAUGCAGCUCAACGGGCGCCCAGCCCCGCCAAGCAGCAAGGCUGCCAGCGAUGUAGCUCAGCCGGCAGCUGGGCAGACUCAAGGGCAGGUGAAUGACGAGAACAGAAGACCUCAGAGGAGGCGAUCAGGGAACAGACGAACAAGGAAUCGCUCUAGAGGGCAAAGCCGUCCAACUACCGUCAAGGAAAACACAAUCAAGUUUGAAGGCGACUUUGACUUUGAGAGUGCAAAUGCCCAGUUCAACAGAGAGGAGCUGGACAAAGAAUUUAAGAAGAAACUGAAUUUUAAAGACGACAAAGCUGAGAAAGGGGAGGAGAAGGACCUGGCGGUGGUGACCCAGAGUGACGACGCGCCUGCUGAGGAGGACCACCUGGGGCCCAACUGCUACUAUGACAAAUCCAAGUCCUUCUUUGACAACAUUUCCUCUGAACUCAAGACCAGUUCCAGGCGGACGACGUGGGCUGAAGAGAGGAAGCUCAACACGGAGACCUUCGGGGUGUCGGGAAGGUUUCUUCGUGGCCGUAGUUUCCGGGGUGGAUUUCGAGGGGGCAGGGGCAACGGUGCAACCCGUCGUAACCCGACUUCCCACAGAGCUGGGACUGGCAGGGUGUAAGGAGGCAGCUGAAGGCUCUUGCUGAAGCGGCACAGACGCCAGACUGUGUCUACGAGGAUGUUGGAAAACGCUGCACUUACUGUGGGAGACGUGGGUCACUUUGUUUACUGAGUUUGGAAAAUUCCCAUGCUACUGCUUAUGUUUUGGACUGAACUGAACUUGGACGUGGUCUGAGUUAGAACCACUUUUUUGGGGGGACGUGUAUGUGGGAAACCUCUUUGAGGUAUCUUGGCCUACUUUUCCUGUUUAGUUGUGCACAGCCUGACGCUAAGGUUUUGGUAUUUUGCAGAAAGGUUUCUAGAGCGAAAGUGUGAUCCUCACUUUGUGACCUUUUUUGGACAGCUUUGAUUUUUAACGUGGAACCAAAUCCCAUUUGGCAAAUGCGGCAGCCAGGUGCAUCUCUGUAAUCCAACUGGCCGCUGGUGCUGCUGGCCUGACACCCACUGCCACAGGCGGGGCUUAGGAGCCAGGCGUGGCCAGCACGGGGGCAUGGGGGGGGCCUAGGGCAUGGAAAGCGGGGUGUCCCACCAUCAUGUUGUAGAAGCAAACCAGACGACCCUGACCUCAAAGUAGAGGGCGGGGUCGGGGUGCUGGAGGUGUAGGAUGGGGCCCUGAACGGGAGGGAGCUGGGAGCUGUCACUUGGAGUGUGGCUUCCAUAGGAAUCCGGGCUGGGGGUGAGCACCCAGGACGAGCUCCUCUGCGGAGUUCCUCUCCCUCCUGCCCUCUCCCUGCCAGUCCCUGACCCAGGCCAGUCAGCGUUGGACUCUGGCCGAACACUGUUCGGUGUCUCAUCCACUUGGAAAUGAGCCAGUCUUUUUUUUUUUUUUUGCAAGGUCAGUUGACCGAGAACAUAUUUCCUCUCAAUUGUAAAUAGUUCUGUGUUUUUGUUUUACUGGUGGGUGGAGGGAGGGUGGGGAAUAUAAAUUUGUUGCAUGAGCAAAGGGAUCAGACCUUCAGUAGAAGCAUGCGUCCCUCUGACAGGGCAUCGUGGUGAGCAUAAGCGCCUUGGUAACUAAAUCCCUUUAAGUAGGCGGAACGGUUUUAGUUCUGUAUCGAUUAAGUUACUGUAAAAGCUUAGGUUUAUUUUUGUAGGAGUUAAUGGCUAAGAAUUAGAACAUAGCAAUGCGGCUGCUCUGUUCGAGCAAUGGAAACUUGUAAUUAUAAACAAACAUGCAAACCUUUAAAACUCUCUUCUUCUGUGCUCUGGAAAUAAAUAAUCCUGUUGACUCUGUUGCCCGAGUUACAUCAUGGCUCACAUGCCCUUCCCAAGGUAGGUGUUGUGUGCAGUUCAGAUUUGGGGGACAUCUCGCACUCUGGAGUGAGACCUGGCCAGUCUGGGUACAGGGCAAUGAGCCAGGCCCUAGGUUACUGAGAGCCACCCUCCCAGGGUGAGUGGUGCUGUUUUCCAGAUACUCUGGACACUAGUUUAGAGAACCUGCUUCGGAAGUGGCCCCUUCGCUGCCAUAAUACAGCUUCCAAGCUCCCCAGAACUUCCAUGUCGUUGAUGCCUUAGAACCUGUUACAGGGCUGGACCCUGGGACUACAGAGAAAAGCCAAGACUUAGCUGGUUUCAGACUGAAAGCAUGUAAUUUCACUGCAGUGGGUUUCCAGGCGAUUUUUUAAAAUAUAAAUUCAUUCAUUUAUUUA